CCCCCCCAAUCUCACUAAAAACUAGCGGAGUACAAACCAACAUAUUACACCCCUUUAAAUCCUACAAAUAAUAAAUUCCACUUAACAGUUAAUGGAUACCCCAAUUCUAAUCCUCUUCAUCUCCCUACUCAUAUCAUCUCUACCACCUUUGUUUUCAAUCUCAUCAUCACAUGAUACGUUAUCCGCAUCCUCAUUCCUCUCUUUUUCCGACGUCUUAAUUUCAGCAAACGGAAUCUUCUCCGCCGGCUUCCACUCCAUCGGCGAAAAUGCCUAUUGCUUUUCCAUAUGGUUCACUAAACGCACAUCCGACGGUGAUCUCACUGUCGUUUGGAUGGCCAAUCGCGACCGACCCGUCAAUGGAGAACGUUCCAAACUCUCUCUCCUUAAAUCCGGCAACCUCAUACUGACCGAUGCCGCCCAAUUCGAAGUUUGGUCCACAAACACCAAAUCAAUUUCCCCACUUUAUUUACAACUUCUAAAUACGGGUAACCUCGUUCUUCGAAAUCGAAGUGGUUCUAUGAAGGUCUGGGAAAGUUUUGAUUCACCGACAGACACCCUUCUUCCAAACCAACCCAUAACCCGAAAUUCAAAACUCGUCUCCUCUCGAAGCCAUACAAAUUUCUCAUCUGGAUUUUACGCCCUGUUUUUCGACCACGAUAACGUCCUCCGUUUACUAUUUGACGGCGCGGAGACUUCCAGCAUGUACUGGCCCGACCCGUGGUUGAUCAGCUGGGAGGCGGGUCGGACCAGCUAUAAUAACAGUCGAACUGCGGCGUUCAAUUCAUCUGGGUAUUUCCGAUCAAGUGAUGAUUUUGAGUUUAAGGCUUCGGAUUAUGGGAUUGAGGGUUGGAGAAGAUUGAGAAUGGAUGUGGAUGGGAAUGUGAGAUUGUAUAGUUUGGAUGAGGGGAAGAGAAUUUGGAAUGUUUCUUGGCAAGCCAUAAGUCAGCCGUGCAAGAUCCAUGGAGUUUGUGGGCCUAACGCGAUGUGUAAUUAUGAUUAUCCCGGGGAGAAUUCCGGUCGGCGAUGCUCUUGUUUACCCGGGUACAAGGAAAAAAACCUUACAGAUUGGUCUCUCGGGUGUGAACCGGAGUUCAACCUCUCCUGCAACGCAGCCGAAUCUGGUUUCAUGGAACUCCCUCACACAGAGUUCUACGGCUACGAUAUCAAAUUCUAUGAAAAUUACACCUAUGAAAGGUGUGAGGAAGUAUGCUUACAAAGCUGCAAAUGCUACGGCUUCAAUUUCAAAUUUAACGGCGACAAUGGAUAUUACAAUUGUUUUCCAAAGUCACUGUUGCUUAACGGAUACAGAUCCCCUGCAUUUGGGGAUCCUUUAUAUCUAAGGCUGCCCAAAGCCUCCGUCACUUUUUAUGCACAUCAAAAACAAGAAAUCGGGUUGCAUUGCCCCUCGACCACACAAAACUUGCUACUUGAUAGAGGUUACAAGAAACCCAAACAAAACGGGAUGUUGCAGUUUAUGGUUUGGUUCGCCUCUGCAUUUGGCGCCUUUGAAAUCUUUUGUAUUUGUUUCAUAUGGUUAUUGUUGUACAAAACCCAACAAAAAUCAAGUGAAAACACACAAAGUUACCUUCUAGUUGUGAGCGGGUUUAGGAAAUUCACUUAUGCCAAGUUGAAGAAAGCAACGAGAAAUUUUAGGGAAGAAAUCGGAAGAGGAGGCAGUGGGAUUGUGUACAAAGGAGUUUUAUCUGACCGUAGAGUUGCAACAAUCAAGAGACUCAACGAGGCUAAUCAAGGGGAAGCAAAAUUUUUAGCGGAAGUAAGCAUCAUUGGAAGAGUUAACCACAUGAACUUGAUAGAGAUUUGGGGAUACUGCGUCGAAGAAAAUCAUAGGCUGUUGGUUUACGAGUAUAUGGAGUGUGGAUCGUUAGGAGAGAAUCUUAUUUCUGGCACCCUUGAUUGGGAGAAGAGGUUUGAUAUUGUAGUUGGCUCUGCGAGGGGCCUAGCUUAUCAGCACGAAGAGUGUUUGGAGUGGGUUCUCCAUUGCAACGUGAAGCCUCAAAACAUUCUCUUGGACUCUAAUUUCCAAUCCAAGGUUGCAGAUUUCGGCCUCCCCAAGCUAGUAAACAGAGGGGGUGGUGGAAAGAAUUCAAGCUUUUCCAAAGUGAGGGAGACUAGAGGUUACAUGGUGCCCUAGUGGAUUUCCAACCUC